AUGGAAGCGUUGGGAAUUAGAAUACGACCCCCCGGCCUCCAUCCCCCCGUCUCUUCGUUCUAUCGUCCACCCGGGUUGUUGCAGGAGCAGAUCUUCCCCUCGAAUUAUCCACAGCCGUCAUCGUGGGCCAGUUAUGGUGCUGACGUUUUGUCGCAAUCCUCGCUUCCACCUUACCAAGGAGCUGGGAAUGAGUUCAUGUUUUUCCCUCCUAUCGACGGGUCCGGAAAUAAUCUGAAGAUGCCCGACGAGACGAUCAAUUUUUCGAAUCCCGAAUCGCAACUGCGGAUCCUGCAACGCGAUCUCUCACACGCAGGAGAGCAUCAAGCCAUUCCCAGUUUGAGGAAACCUCCUGAGCCCGACUCGGAUCUGCUCUCUAUCGACUUUAGUAGCAUCUCUGGAAGCCAUGCAGGAUCGACUCUUUCGUUCCCAGGCUCCGCGAACGCCUCAGCUGAUGGGACGCAUUUGUCAGGGUAUAUCGAGCCUGCAUCUCUCCCUUCCUCCGAGUAUACACCCAGGAGUUCUCUCACCCUCUCUUCUACCGCUCUUUCACCAGUUCCUUCGCCCCGAUGUCCUCAGUUGGAGCCGCCCAAGGCGGGCAAUCGACUCAAGGCAUCUCCAUCACCACGACCGAGCAAGCGCGCCGCACCGUAUAGCUUGGCCGAUGGUGCACGGAAGCGAUUGUCCACUGGUUCACACGCAUCCUCCUCAUCACGACGCACCUCGCCGUUGAUGCACCAGGGUUCGGAGAAUGUCCAGCAACCUUCGAAGACGUUCCGCUUCUCUGCACCUGUCGUCCCGUCUACCAAUCUGCUCCCUUCAAAUUUCACCAAUACGCCGGUUCUGGGCUCAUCGCCCGCGCGAUUUUACCAGCAAUCCUUUAUGCUGCCGUCGAAUUCGGAUAGCGGCGGCAAGACCCCCAGCUCUGUCAGCACCUUCCGACAAGGGACUUUUCGGACCCUUCAGAGCAAUGCCGACUCGGGUGGUUGCUGUUUUGACCCGUAUGCGAAUCUCUCCGAGCCACCGGAUCUCCUGGGCCCUCUGCGGGAGGAGCCGAGUGCGCCGCCGGCCAAGGACAUGAACCCCGAGGACGCCAAUUUAAUCCCCCACGAGCAGGAGCUGCGCUUUGAGAACGACCUGUAUACGCCGCGAUGGGUCCGGGGCCAUGGCAACAAGCGCGAGGGCUGGUGUGGGAUUUGCAAGCCGGGCCGGUGGCUGGUGCUCAAGAACUCGGCGUUCUGGUACGACAAGAGCUUCACACACGGGGUCAGCGCGGCGACGGGGCGGGCAUUUGAGCCUCCCAAGGAGACGCGGCGCAUGGAGGGCAGCGUCAAUGCGGACAUCUGGGAGGGCUUAUGCGGCCGCUGCGGGGAAUGGAUCCCGCUGGUUAGCAGCAAGAAGAAGGGCACCACGUGGUUCCGGCACGCAUACAAGUGCCAGAAUCCGUCGAAGGGUAAAGAUGCCUCCAGGCGACGUCGCGAGAUCACCGCCGCUGGACGUGCUUCCACUGUGCGGUCGAAAUCGAUGGCGCAAAGGAAACCUGGGGGAAAACCUGGGGGUCUAAUGUGUAUCCGUGGAAUAUCGCCCGGCCAGGAACGAAGGCGCCAUGCAUUGGCUGCGGAUCUGGCGGGCAUGUCGGGUCCCGCUUUAGAAAGGACGUGCAUGGCUCAGCGGGCUAAGCAUUGGUCUGAUGAUGGGUUGAAGGCGCGAAGGGCAGGCGUCUGGUCCGGAUACAGAGAGACUACGGAGAUGACAGUAACCGUCUGCGACUCUGCAGGAGGAUCAGACUGCUCACAACGGGGUGGGGACCGCAACACCGUUGGAGACAGCUGGCGCGAAAAACGUCACCACAGUGCGGCAGACGCAGGCGUGCUGAGCGACGAUGGAUGCGGUGAGCAUGGAAGGGCGCGGCAGACAGGUCAAUUCGAAAAGGCAGCACGCGGAGCUGCACAGGCGUUGCUAUCAGCAUCGAUGUGA